GUUAAGUUCCAGCGUCAUGUACGGUAGGCGAAGAUGAAGGUGGCAAAACAUUAUCGGAACAUCCAAAACAGAAUCAUCCUCCUCGUCCUUAGCCACCUACUCUCUCAGUCCACACAUUCCUUCGCCGCCGCAAACCUAAAGCCACCCCCAGUCCCACUUCUACCCGUCCCUUCAGCACUGCAGCUUUCAUGGCAGCUUUCGGAGAUGGCCAUGUUCUUCCAUUUCGGACCCAACACUUUCACCGACUCGGAAUGGGGUACGGGUCAUGCCGACCCGUCAAUAUUCAACCCAAUUAAUCUUAAUGCCACCCAGUGGGUAACUGUUGCCAAGGAGAAUGGGUUUUCAAAAGUGAUCCUCACUGCUAAGCAUCAUGAUGGGUUUUGCCUCUGGCCUUCAGAAUACACUAAUUACUCUGUCAAGUCUAGUCCUUGGAGAAAUGGGUCUGGAGAUGUGGUGGGUGAGUUGGCUCAGGCUGCAAAUUCUGUUGGUGUCCAAUUGGGUCUUUAUCUUUCUCCUUGGGACAGACAUGAACCUACAUAUGGGGUGACUCUUGAUUAUAAUGAGUACUAUUUGGGACAGAUGGCUGAAUUGCUUACCAGAUAUGGGGAGAUCAAAGAAAUAUUCUUGGAUGGUGCAAAAGGAGAUAAUGAGAAGGAUAUGGAGUAUUACUUUGAUGAUUGGUUCAGCUUUAUUCAUCAGUACCAACCUGGGGCUGCAAUUUUCUCCGAUGCUGGCCCUGAUACCAGAUGGGUAGGAGAUGAAGCUGGCAUUGCCUCCACUACUUGUUGGUCCCUUUUCAAUUGUAGUGAUGCAACCAUAGGUGGAACCGAUACCGAAUAUCUAGGACAAGGUGACCCUGCAGGCCACGAUUGGGUGCCUGCUGAAUGUGAUGUUUCAAUACGACCUGGCUGGUUUUGGCACGCAUCAGAGAUUCCCAAGACCGCGAUGGACCUUCUUGACUUAUACUACAAAUCAGUUGGCAGAAACUGCCUCCUAUUGUUAAACGUACCACCAAACACUUCUGGCCUAAUAUCCGAUGAAGACAUACUAGUUCUCAGAGAGUUCUCUGAGAUCAGGACAUCCAUUUUCUCCCACAACCUGGCAAAACGUGCCUUUCCUUCUGCAAGCAGUACAAGAGGUGUAAGUGAUAUCCGUUUUGUCCCCGAAAACGUUCUCAAAGAAGGGAUCUUUACUUAUUGGGCCCCAGAACGGGAUCAAUCAGAAUAUAUAUUGUAUCUGGAUUUUCAAGAACAGUAUACAUUCAAUGUGUUUGAAAUUAAAGAGCCAAUCCAUAUGGGUCAGCGGGUCAUCACAUUCCAUAUUGAUGUGUUGAAUGAACGAGGGGAAUGGGAGGAAACUGUAAAUGGAAGUACAAUUGGGUAUAGGAGGCUUCUGUUGUUUCCUACGGUGAAAACGAAUAGCAUAAGACUUGUCAUUGACAAGUGCAGAGAAGAACCUCUGAUUUCUUAUGUGGGAUUGUAUUUGGACCAGUUUUCUGUUGUGGAACAUCAUCAUAGUAAUAAGUUUAGUGUUUGGUCUGGGUUGCUACAUUCUAUUAGCGACCGUGUUCAUUGGAAGUCACUUGUUGCUUCUGUUUAGGAAUUGCUGGAAGCAUUUCAACCCAAUAUGUGUAAUCUUCCUUCUGCUUUACUCUCUCAGUAUGCAAAAAUGCAUUGUAAGUUUGUAACUACUCCGUAUAUUAAAUUAUUAAUAAUAUCACUUGCCUUUUCAUGGCACCACUUUUCUUA